AUGGCCUUAAGCAAUGAUGAACUUGCUUGCGUCUACGCAUCCCUUAUUUUAGCCGAUGAUAAUGUUGAUAUUAAAGGUGAUAAAAUUGCAGCCAUAUUAAAAGCUGCUAAUUAUGAAAUUGAACCAUACUGGCCUGGUCUGUUCGCUGGUGCAUUGGAAGGUAUUAAAGUAACUGAUCUUAUUAAGAAUGUUGGUUCAGCUCCAGCGGCCGCUCCAGCUGCAGCAGCUACAACUGCAGCACCCGCUGCUGAUGAUAAGAAAGCAGGUGCUGGUAAAGAUGCGCCAAAGAAAGAAGAAAAGAAACCAGAAAAAGAAGAUUCGGAUGAAGGCGAAGAUAUGGGCUUCGGUUUAUUCGAUUAA